AUGGCUCGCACGAUCAAAAACGUGGCUCUUGCCGGGGCUGGUGGAAAUGUCGGUGCUCGGGUUCUGAGUGCAUUACUCGCCCUUGACUUCAAUGUGACAGUGCUUACUCGCAGUUCCAAAUCCUUCCCGGGCAGUGUUAGUGUGAAAGUGGUCAACUUCACCUCGGCGGAGUCACUAUCUGCUGCAGUCGCUGGACAGGAUGCGGUCAUCGAUGCUACUUUCUCGCCUGAUGAGGAAGCACCAAUCCGGUUGAUUGACGCGGCGGCCGAGAAUGGGGUUUAUCGAUUUAUCACCAGCGAUUUUGGACUUGACCCUGACCUCCCGGGGGUUCAUGACAUGCCUGUUUUCGCCCGCAAAAAAGCUUCCUAUGAAGCGGUGAAGAGACACGCGGCCGAGAACCGCUUGACAUACACCCUGAUAGCUUGUGGAGCGUUCCUCGACCGGGCCCUCUCCUCCGGCUUUGCCGGUCUGAAUCUGGAAGAAAAGACCGCCUUUCUUUUUGGGGAUGGAAACAACAUUGUUCCAUGGACCACCUUGGAUGAUGUUGGCAGGGCCACUGCGAGGGUGCUUUUGUGUCCUCAAGAGACCGCAAACCGUCCUGUCUAUGUACAUUCGGUGUUCAUGUCGCAGGUUCAACUCCUUGGCGCAGCGAAGGAGAUUCUGGGAGACGAGGGGUGGCAAGCGACUCAGCAUGACAUGGCGCCUCUAUUGAGAAAUGCGCUGGCAGAUCUCAAGGCCGGCAAGAUUAGCGCCUCAACCGCUAAGGUUCAAAUCCAGUACUGCCUAGCCACGAGAGCGCUGGCUCACCCCUGGGAAAGAGAUGACAAUUCCCUCUUAGGUCUGGAAGAGUGGGACAUGAACCAGGUGAAAGCCCUGAUUCAGGAACUCGUCCCUCAAUCCAUCUGAGUCUUACUGCCUGGGCGGCCUAGACGGAGCCGCUUGCUGUCACCUGCUCCAGUUCAUCGAGCAGACCACCAACCUCCUUUCUCUGCGAACCAUCGGGUACCGAUGGAAUAGGUGGUCUGCAUCCCUUGUGUGAUACCAGUUGCUGCCACUGUGGACGAAAUCUCAGCGUGGAGGGUAUAAAUCCGGUCGAGGAGCAGGGCCAGCAUGGAUUAGGAUUGUAUGUUGGGGGAUCUAGGAAAUGAGCAUGUAUUGCAGGAAUACGUUGAGAACAGAGCGCGCAUCAUGCUGCCACAGAACCGGUCGAUAUCUAAACUACUCGCUAUUUCUACCGGAGGGCCCUAGUUGUGUAUUGCGACUGCGCUGGAUCCCUUUCCUGCUCAGCUUGAUGGUGCAUCGACGCAGACGUAGUAACCAAGCCACAAGGACUCGCAGCCUGUCCCAACAUAUGGAUUCCACUCGUUAAACUGGU